UCUAGCUAUCCACCCAUUUAAUUUUCAUGUAAUAACCUCCAUUCCAAUUUCCGUGUAUAAUCCUAAUUCAUAGGCACGGGCAGUUGGGCACCACCAUACUUCUCAAGUUCUCUUAUGGACUGUGGUAGAACAUCAUAUUUACUUGCUCUCAUCCUUGCUGGCGGCUCACCACAGACCAGUAUUCUGAUUUCUGAAAAACUGAUUUUCAUUACAGUUUACUAAAACUCAAUGCUAUAGCCCUCUCACAUCCUUUUGAGUCAACACUCAUUCCUAUUUCGGGCCUUCCUAAGUACCUAUAUUCAUUUGUCAUCCCAAUCACCUUUCCUCCCAACUGGCAACUGCCAGCGGCAGUUUGGCAGUCUGUUACGUGUCAUACAGGCUGCUGCCUCCUGCCUGUCUGGCAGACUGUGUGUGUCAUUACACACUUGACACUUACACAUCCUAAUUCCUAAGGGUAAUACUUGAAAGCUGUGACCCACAUCCUAAGACCUAAGCUGUUCCAUUCACAACUAGUCAGUCUACCAGCCUUAUCUCCAAUGUACAAGGCUGAAGAGGAGCAGAGACAAAAUAUACCCUUGUCAAACACCUCUCACACUCUUCACUUCAUCCAGAUAGACCAGAUCCAGUUUGUCUCCACAUCUUCAACUUCAAGCAUAUAUUUGCUUCAUUGCUUGAGUGCUUAGUGUUUACAUUAUUACAUUAUUUACAAACACACCUUUAAGUUAUAAAUUAUAACUAUCCUUACAUACUUUUCACUCAUAAUAAUUUUUUCCAACAUCUGUCAGAUUAAUUUUCUAUCCACUCUAUCAUAUGCUUUUUCCGUAUUCAUGAAUGACAAGGACUCAAGGAGACACUCCUUCCAUCUCUCUUUAUUCUGUCAAUCAAUUCAUUCACAGCAAAAAUGUUAUCUUCAGCUCUUCUGUCACUCCUAAAACCCUUCUGCUCCUAGUCCUCACCAAGUACUCUUUCAUUGUUUCAUGCUCCAUGCAUUAUUCAUAUUUGCAAUUUGCUUUCGCUCAUUUAGAACUGCACAGAAAAACUUGCUACACGUGUCAGCAAGAGCAAUUGGCCUUUACUUUUUCAAUUGCCAAUCAACUUUAGUUGUAAUUAAUUUCAAAUUCCUGAUAAUUUUCAAGAAUCUAGAUUAUUUAACCCUUCCUCAGAAAUAGGUGCAAUGAGUCAGAGUGAAGCCUACAAUGAUGCUCAUCGAAGCUUCUUGCAACUCAUAGCUGCCAACAGGUUGCUGACUGCACCUAAAGUUAAUGCUGCUUAUGAGGCUGCUUGUUCAAAAUAUGGAGUUGGGAGCUGUGGUGGACUACAGCAGUUUGUGAUGGCCAUUAAUGCUUCACUAAGCCCCCUGCAUCUGAUCAUAAAGAAGAGUGUGCAAGAGGACCUGAGAGAAGACAAGUCUUGCUUCGUCCUUGUCAACACCAUCUCGUCUGAUGUUUUGAAAGGUUUGUCAUCAAGAAGUGCUUGGGAAGACAUGUUAUUAGAGCGCAUCAUCUCAGGCAUCGUUGAGAGCGAGGAAGGCUGUAUUGCUGAAGUCGAUGCUGUCAACAUGGGGACUGGACUGCAGGGCCACAGAGUGACUGCGUCUGAGAGCGAGGCGGCCAUUGCUAGGAUGAUCAAGUCCAAGCUUAUAAUAAAGCAUGAUGACAUGUUACUUCUAAGCGGCCUAACGCUGUCUGAGCAACAGCAGCAGCUGGAAGCUAACUUCCCUGAUAUUUGCGUCAAAUGCGUCCUCUGCAAAAUCAUCACCCUGCAGGGCUACAGCUGCGAUCAGUGCAACAGUCGAGUACAUCGAAGCUGCGGUCGCAAGCUAUGGCGCAAAGCCGAACGCCUGCCAUUCUGUCCAGGCUGCAACGCUGUUUGGCCUCGCGUGAACAGCGUCAGUGCAUCAGGUGGAGAGUAGCGAGCUCAGUAGAAACUCGGCAAUCUUAGUGGCAAACAUCAGGCAUCCUAAGUCAUUUUAUUUAAAAUAAAAAAAAUGCCCUCAAGUGUAAGAGUGAAGCCAUUUAACAAAUCGUUAUCUUUUUUGAUAGCAUAUAGGCUUGUUAAUUUUAAUUGGUAUUGACAGUCUGUCAUUUUUAAUUUUCUAUUGGGGUAAGCAGCACUAAAAUAAAUCGUUCAUUGGAAAGUAAAAAUUGAAUUCAGCUAAAUUUGUACUUAGCGCGGCAGAUGUUUGGGAAAAUUUUUUAUGUAUUUUGGAUAAAUUUUCACCCCCUUUUUUUAAUCUCGAUUAAUAGAUUAUUAGACAAAUUACUUCUCUAAGCAAAUGAACAGUUAUAUGAUAUGUUAUGCAAAAAAGUCUAGAAUAUUGCUCAUGGCUUAGGGGGGAUAUUGGUUAUAAAUAUAAUAAGACAGAGAGCUUCUGCUUCGUUCGCUUUGAAAAAAACUACCUUGACUAUUAAUUGUAGUGGACCUCGGUGUAUUAUACAUAGGACGACCUAUAAUCUGUAAUAUUUUUUGUACGUUCAGGAAAUAGAUUCCUAUUUGAUAAA